UUUCAAUCAAACCCUAAACGAAGGAGAAGGAUCAAAGGGACUGUCGAUUUCUAUCAAUUAAAUUAUUUGCUGUAUUGUAUUCUUCGAGUCGGAAUAUUGAUAGAAAUUUUGCACUGGAAAUUUCCGGCGAAGGUUCUUAUAACUUACAUAUAAUUAUGGAUAAUCCAAGGCUGCAGAAUGGUGGCUCUGCAGAUCCAUCCCGUGAACUUGAUGAUAUUGAGGCUGAAGCAAAUUCUUAUUUCCAUCAAAUGUUUUCUGGUCAGUUAACAAUUGAUGCUCUAGUUCAAAUGCUUGCUCGAUUCAAGGAAUCACCUGUACAAAGGGAGCGGUCUAUUUUUGAGUGCAUGAUUUACAAUCUAUUUGAGGAGUAUAUGCUCUUCCCCAAGUAUCCUGAAAGACAAUUAAAAACUGCUGCUCUUUUAUUUGGUUCUGUUAUCCAGCACCAGCUUGUAACUGAUCUAAAUCUUGGGAUCGCACUACGUGGUGUUUUGGAUGCACUACAGAAACCACCAGAUUCCAAAAUGUUUGUCUUUGGGAUCAAUGCCUUGGAUCAGUUUUUAGAUCGCCUGAUUGAGUGGCCACAAUAUUGCAAUCAUAUCUUACAGAUAUCUCAUUUGCGUGCAACUCAUUCAAAUAUUGUUGCUUUCAUCGAGCUGACACUUUCCAGGAUCUCGUCUGGUCAUUUGGAAUCUGAUGUAGACAAUGCUUCCACUGUUCAUCAUUAACGUGGAUUAUCUCAGUCUAGCUUCAGAAAUGGGGAGAUGGAAGUUAAUGACUUGAUAAAGAAAUAUCAACAAAAUAGACAUCUCCUUCUAUCAAAUAUAUUGUUUAGUAAGUUUUCUAUUAUUAGAAAAAAUUUGUAUCUAAUUGAAUAAUUUAUUAUCUUAGGAUAUCAAGAUUUAUGCAUUUAUCACUUUAUGCAGUCAUCUUUGCUCAGUAAUUAAUUAUCCUUUUUAAUUUGACA